CGCAGCAGCAGUUGGUGUCGGGCGCGCGCGAGUUCAGCCAUCAGUUAUAGUCCGGCAUCGGGCCAGCGUGAGCGAGUCCGCGUCCUUUCCGCCCAGCCGCACGAGUCCCGUGUUGUCGGUCGUCGACAGCGCGCCGAGGUAAGUGAGCGUCCAGCCGCAGGAAGCCGCUGUUUUCACGCGCAACGAUAAUGCUGGCGGUCAAGGCGCUGCUCCUCGCGGCUCUCCUCUGCGGACUCGCCACCGCCUACGACACCACCCACGAUCAACGCGAUCGCGAUCGAUCGCACAGCCCUCACGAUCGAGCGAGGAAGCCACGGCACGACAAGUACGUGGCCUGCUACUACCAGAGCUGGUCGAUUUACCGCAACGGCGAUGGCGUUUUCCAAAUUGCGAACGACUUGAAGCCCGAUCAUUGCACCCAUCUGAUCUACGCGUUCGCUGGACUCAACGGCACCACCAACGAGAUCAAGAGUCUCGAUCCUUGGGCUGAUUUGUCGGACACCAAUGAUCCAUUUUCCUCAGGCAAGGGUGGCUACAGGGCAUUGACCACUCUGAAGUACGCCUACCCCGGCCUCAAGAUCUCCUUGGCCGUGGGCGGCUGGAACGACGGCAGCGUGAACUACUCCGAGAUGGCCAGAGAUCCCUACCGUCGCAAGCGAUUCAUCAACAGCGUCGUUCACUUUCUGAGGACGUACGGCUUCGACGGCGUUGACCUGGACUGGGAAUUCCCGACAGCCCGAGGCGGCCGGGAAUACGACAAGUGGAACUUGGUGAGCCUGCUGGAGGAAAUGAGGCACGCCUUGAAGGAGCACCACUUCAUCCUGACGGUGGCCAUCUCGCCCGACGUUGAGAGCAUGACGCGGCGCUACGACAUCCGCGGCAUCGCGCAGAACGUCGACUACGUGCACCUGAUGACCUACGACUACCACUCGCUCGACGGCGGCGUCGUCAUGCCCAACGCCCCUCUCGACGAAGUGAACAAGACGCUGGACUACGUGCUGAGCGCCGGUGUGUCGCCGCACAAGUUCGCCCUGGGUCUACCCAUGUACGGACGAGGCUACAUCCUGGCCGAGCCGCUCAGACACACGAACGAGAAUCCCAUCGGCAAGCCGAGCCUGAAGACCAGCUGGCCCGGACCCUACAACAGCCAGGAGGGCUUUUUCGGCUACAACGAGAUUUGCAAGCACUUCCUCGGCAACGACUCGUGGAUCGAUCGCUGGGACAACUUGAGCAGCACGCCCUACUCGAUUCACAGGCACAAGGUGGUCGUCUACGACAACGUGAAGAGCCUGCAGGCUAAGGUGCUGCUGGCCAUGCAGAAGGGCCUGGCCGGAGUGAUGGUGUGGAGCAUCGACACGGACGACUUUCGCGGCGACUGCGCGCCCUUGCACGAGCGCAACCGCAUCGACGCGCGCGACACGCAGUACCCGCUGAUGCAGGCGAUCACGCACGCCAUCGAGCGCGGCGCCAGCUCGGCCGUCGUCGCCGAUCCCAUCGGUCUCGCUGUCGUCGUUGUCCUCGCGAGCCUCGCCCUCUAAAGGCGACUCGCCGCGAACCUACGGCCUCGAGUAGUUUUUUUCUGCAGCGGACAGUCACGACGAUCGCGACGGUGACUGUCGAGUGCGCGACCGACCACGAAGCCUCUUCUUUUUCAUUACCAUUAUUAUCGGAUUUCACGAGUCUGCGUGUAUAUAACCACUGCUCUGCUUUCGUUCCAUUGCCUGCUCUCGCGCGAUACCGUGCCCGACGAUCGUGCUGGGCCUCACGUCUAUCUACAUAUAUAUAUAUAUAUAUAUAUAUAUUACGUAUGUGUGUGUGUGUGUAUAUAUAUAUAUGUACACCAUCUUGUUUUUACAAUCCCAAUGAACAAUAAUAAGCUUUAACAUUGUACAGGCAAAUUCUUCUAUGAACGAUAGGAUUGAUAACUAGAACUGUCGAGUACUAUAUACGAUAUGAUAUCCUAAAUUAUAAGUAUUGCCAUAAUUAGUCAAAUGCAAUACUUGUAAGCGGUUUUAUUUUCUGCGCUUUGCAAUUGCAGACGUGUCCGAUUGUGUCUCUCGAUUGGUCAUUUUCUUUUUCACCGAAUGCCAGGUAUUUAUAAAUUUUCAACUAAGAAUACGUUGCAUGCAACGUUAAAUUGUAGUUGUCGGCACAUUACUACGAACUAUCAUUAACCAUUAGUUGAACGAUAUGUAAAAAAGUGUUAUUAAAAUUAGUAAUUUACGUAAUGACUAUUAUUAAGCGAGCAAUGGCAUUUCUUCAAUCAAAAUUCAAGAAACGAAAGGCAAACGAGUUUUUUCGGCACUGGUCGCACUUUUGAUUGAAGAAAGUUCGGACAAACAUGCGCUUUAUUCGGACAGAUAAAAUAAGGACAUUGGACGAUUGCAGGGAGGAAAGUAGAGAGAUCCUCGUACGCGUAACGCGUAUUUUGCUAAUUGUAAGAGCCGACGAGUGUUGUCUGUAAAAAGAAUGGCAGCUCGUCGGUGUGUCUUCGACCGUCAUAUAUAACGUAAUAAAGUAUUUUUGUAUCGAUCUUAUCAAUGGUAAUAGUAACAAUAUGUCGUAACUUGGUGGAUUUCAUUAAUCCACGAUUUCCCGACAGUUUUUCUUUUCGUAUCAUCGCAAACUCUGUAACUGUAAUUUAUACUCUGUAACUACAUCAUUAUAACUGUACGCUCUGACGAUUGAUUUUCUUAUUUUCUUUUUGUAAUAAAUAAGUUGUAUCGACGCAUCGUGCAACCCGAAAAAGUAACAAGACCUUACCUCUUAUUCUUAUUCCACCCUCGCGCACGUAAAAUCGAUAAUCUGCCGGACACGCGGCAGAGAAAAACAACGCGGGACAGCGUCGAUGGAGCGCGUGCGCGCAAGUUGGAUUUGGUACCGGAAGCGGUGAGAGGGUCCACUAGACAUUCGAAUGCACGUGGCCGGUUGGGAGAGGGGCUGAAAGGGGAGUGACUCAUCGCGACUGGCGUCGUCGCGGCGCGCCUUUCCGCGCCUUUCCGCGCCAACCACCCUCCCUCGCUGACGACGCCGUUACGCGUAAAAACCCCGCCUUCCACCCCCUCCCAGCGAAAGGCAUCUUUGCGCGCAAUGGCAGUGGAUCAUUUUUACCCAAGCCUGAUUUUUGCCGCUCGUCUCGAUGAAUUGCUCCGCCGUGGGGGGCCCAAUCUCCUCUAUUUUGUUUUGAUUUCUUCGGUCGUUCGCCGACGAAUUACUAGUCGGAACCUCCUCGAUGCGACGUGAUCCCAAUGUAUGCACGUGUGCGCGCGCGUGUAGGUUGAUACUCGAACUAAAAGCUCUGUGCCUGGCUGUCCACGUAAAGUCGGUUGAUAUUCGAGUCGAGCGCCUAGAUAGGAUAUCGAGCUGCGUCGCAUGCGUGCAGCCGCUACGUACACGUAUGUGCAGGCUUACGUUUGCUGCGAGGGUGGGUUUGUUGUGCGUAUACCUGGUGCUUUGAUAUCGGAGCUUCGAGGGCGCUGUCCCGCCGCGACUUUUCAGGGUCAACGACUCUGACUUCUACGCUCGUUCCGUAUGCUAAGGCGCAUUUCUCUCGAAAUCCGGCGACGCGCGGUCAUUUCAGACACCAUUUUUCUGUUAUUUAUCACGUUAUUUCAAUUAUUUACAUUCUAACUUUGAGGUUCUAAUAUAGAAUAUAUAUACACAUAUUUGAAUAAAUCGUGCUGUAUGAAAUACACUAUAUCAAUCGAUAUUCACUGAUGAAUAAAAAAUUGAAUUUGCACCCCUUAUUUUACCAAAAUCAUUGAACUUUUACUCAUUUUAAGAUGUAUCGAAAAAUUAUCGAAAAAUAAAAAUUUAUUUUAUUAUAAACUUAUAAAAUGUACUAAACUAUUA